AUGAAUUCUCUUACUGGCUCAAACCCAAAAGUUGUACAGUUUUCUGUUGUAUCUCAUUUCACUAACGUAACAGUAGCUGGUAGUCUCAAAGCUAUUGCCUGGGAUGGUCGUUGUGGUGGGAUUGUGGUUUUCCGGUCAAAUGGAAGUGUUUCUGUUGAUGAGACAGGCACCAUUUCUGUAAGAGGAAAGGGUUCUAGAGACUCUCCUCGAUUUGUAUCCAAUAGAGACUAUGUCCCUGGUUAUGUGAGUGAAUCAAGUAAAGUUGGUUACGCUGCAGUUCGGCAGUCAGCAGCUAUUGGAUCUGGAGGAGGAAGUGGAAAUGGUCAAGGAGGUGGUUAUGGGGGAGCUCAUCGCACUGUUGGUUCUGCUCCACAACGAGGAGGAUGUGACCUUGCAGCAGCAGGAGCUCCAACAAUAACGGGUGACAAUGAUUAUUCAUUGGUAGAAUUUGGUGGCUCUGGUGGAGCAGCAGGAUCGCAUAACAACUAUGGCCGUGAUGGAAGCAAAGGUGGAGGUAGUGGAGGAAUAAUUUUUAUAUUUUCUCAAAGUAGAGUUAUUGUGGAAGGACAAAUAGAUGCCCGUGGAAUGUCUGGAGAAGACGGUUACCCUGCUAAUGAUGUGUCGCAGCCAAUGGGAGGUGGUGAUGGUGGAGCUGGGGGAGCAGUCAUGAUAGUCACAACAACGUCUAAUCACAAAAGUAACAUUCUUGUAAGUGGCGGUGCAGGAGGUGAUUCAGCUAUACACAGUGGUUGCAAUCCAGGAGGCAGAGGUGGCUCAGGUGGAUUGGGAUGGAUUAGAGUAGCUGACCCUUUUACUACAUGA